UGACGCUGCGAGGCCUGGCGGGCCGGGGGGAACGCGAUGGCGGCGGCGGCGCCGGCAGCCUCGCGGUCGGAGGGUCCCCCGCUGCCCGGCCCGCCCGGCGGCCGCCCGAGGCCCGUGUGCUCGCGGCCGUACUUCCUCGUCCUCAUGGUGUUCGCCCACCUCUACGUCCUCAACGUGCUGGGGCUGCUGCUCUUCGUGCACCUCAGCGCCGGAGAGCCCGGCGGGCCGCCCGCCGCUCCCCAGCCACCGCCGCCUCCGCCCGCCCGCGCCCUCCCUCGCCUCGAGGGCAUCAAGGUGGGCCACACGCAGCGGGUGGAGCUGGUGCCGGGCCGGGUCCACGCCGUGCGCACCCUCAGCCUCAAGCCGCUGCUCUUCGAAAUUCCUGACUUCCUGACAGAGGAGGAGUGCAAGCUCAUCAUCCAUCUGGCCCAGCUGAAGGGGCUGCAGAAGAGCCAGAUCCUACCAACGGAUGACUAUGAGGAAGCCAUGGAAAUGAUAGAAAUCAGCCAGAUGGACAUUUUCAAUCUGCUGGACCACAACCAGGAUGGGCAGCUGCAGCUCAAAGAGGUGUUGACUCACACCCGGCUUGGGAACGGCAGGUGGAUGACCCCCGAAAACAUCCGGGAGAUGUACACUGCUGUCAAGGCUGAUCCUGAUGGGAAUGGUGUGCUGAGUUUGGAGGAGUUCAAACAAUUGAAUAUCCAUGAUUUCCACAAGUACAUGGGAAGCCAGAAAGUGAAGAUGAGUGACUUGGUGCGCAACAGCCAGCACACAUGGCUGUACCAGGGCGAGGGGGCUCACCAGGUGAUGAGAUCCAUACGGCAAAGGGUAAUGCGCCUGACUCGCUUGCCCCCCGAGAUCGUGGAGCACAGUGAGCCCCUCCAGGUUGUGCGCUAUGACCAAGGAGGGCACUACCAUGCCCAUAUGGACAGUGGUCCUGUCUUCCCCGAGACUGCCUGCAGUCACACGAAGCUGGUCGCCAAUGAAAGCGCUCCCUUUGAGACCUCCUGCCGGUAUGUGACGGUACUGUUCUACCUGAACAACGUGACUGGGGGAGGCGAAACAGUCUUUCCUAUAGCUGACAACAGGACAUACGAAGAGAUGUCUUUGAUUCAGAACGAUGUGGACCUGCGAGAUACACGGAAAAACUGCAACAAGGGCAAUUUGCGAGUGAAACCUCAGCAAGGCACUGCUGUCUUCUGGUACAACUACCUGUCAGAUGGAGAAGAUUGUUCCGAAAUGGAAGCUGGCUGCUGAUGCAAGUCUGCUACAGAAAAUAACAUGAGACCUCUGUAAAGACAGGAUCAUUUAGAACUGCUAGAAUGCAGUCCGUAAUGUGUCCAUGAGCCUGACUUCUACAGGUUUUCUAACAGCAACACCUGUCUCUUCCAUGCCAUUCCCUUUUGGAAAGAGUUGAGAAAAACAGUGGCUGGGAUGCAGAAUGCAAGAGCCCCUUGUGCUGGGUAGAGACAAGACAGCAACGAGCAUUUUGCACCUGGGAAGCCUGCCCUGGUGCACUCCUUGUAGGUGCUAGGGCGGGGUAGCACUAAGAUAGAGGGGUGCCAGGAGAAGCCAACUCCUGUAAGAUGCACCUGAGCCAAAACCCAAGCCAAUGCCGUGGGUGGGAGAGCAGCACUCCUCACUCCCUCCUG